GCUCGCUGCUCGAUUAAACGGGUAACUGCUGCGCAACCAUCAAACCAUUCCAGGAAGGACGAGCCGGAAAAACUGACGACAGGUUGUUUAUUUUCUAGUUGAACGCGGUUGGAAAUAGGCCCUACCUGAAUUAAACGGACAAAUUCGAUUUGAACAUAGAAAAAACAUAGUUUAAUUUUCAAAAUAAUGCCACAGCGCUCGUCUUGUGGGAGGGUUUAGUAUCUGCGACAAGUAACUCUCGUCAUCUAUACACCUGCGACAGUUUCCGAAUUCGGCUCACCUUCCUCUUUCAGACACCAUCAUGAAGUUACCCUUGCUGUUUGGGUUUGCCUUGGUGUGCAGUGUUGGCAUCGCUGGCUACAUCCACUUCAGGCGCAAGCAGGAGAUCAACCUGAGUAAACAAGUUUCUUUUCUAGAUAUUAAGUUCAGAGUGUCAAGGGAUGUUCUGGGAGAAUAUCAUGAUCAGUUGACUCAAUCCAACUCACUGCUGGACAAGGUGAAGCAAGAGGUGGAGAAUCUAACCAAAGAGCUCUCUGAAGCCAAGACCUUGGUAGAGAAGAAAAUAGCUGAAGUAGAUACCUGUAAAGGAGACCAGAAACGAAUCACAGAUGAAAUAGCUGCUUCACAGACAGAGAAGACAAAUACCCAGAAUGAGAUUGUCAAGGAGAAGUCCGAAUUGAGCGAGGAGAUAUCUUCUCUAAACAGAAAAAUGCAGGAGUAUAGCAGUCUUUGUGAAUAUAUUGACAGGACAUCUGAAGAGGGAAGGAAACUGUGUGGCAUAACUGAACAACCAAAGGCUGAGGAACCCAAGGCUGUGGAACCCAAGGCUGUGGAACCCAAGGCUGAGGAACCCAAGGCUGAGGAACCCAAGGCUGAGGAACCCAAGGCUGAGGAACCCAAAGCUGAGGAACCCAAAGCUGAAGAACCCAAAGCUGAAGAACCCAAGUAGUUGUGGCAUUAGUAAAAAGUGCAAGUGUUUUGUGUGCGAGAGAAAAAGAGAUAUUGUAUUGGGGGAAUUAGCUAAACCUGACUGCCUUGCCUGGGUUGAUCUGCAGCAUUCCUUAAGCAACCCUGAAAGGGCAAGGACACAAAAUUAGCGAUAUAUAUAUAUAUAUAUAUAUAUAUAUAUA